CGAAAAGUAUCGAUUCGGAAAAACCAAACAAAAAAGUCUUUUCUGCUCUGAAAUAUCAAUCGAAAGUUUUGCAUUCAAAAUUUCUAGCAAAAAUGGUCGUGACGUCUUUUUAUCAUAGUCACCAGGCUAUCGGAUUUUGCCAAUGCUGGCGACCCGAGGUGAACAACUGUGGCCCGGAUGAAGAUGAUAGGAGUUACUUCGAGACCGAUAUCGAUGACAUCGCCAAUAGCUUGAUGAGAGUGAUGUGCAUCUGUCGAUUGCGUCCGUGGGAGGUGAAACUGACCAAGGAUGUGAUCAAGCGCUCCUUUCGCCACUAUGAGGAGCUGCGCUAUCGGGUGGAUCGGGUGCCGAGGAAACGCUUCAACAAGGAGAACUUCCUGCACGAUGUGGGCGUCGAGGCGGGCAUGAAUCGCAUGGACGGCCAGCUGGCCUAUGGGAUUACAAAGCGUGCCUUUCGUGCCUAUUUUCAUGGCACGGGGGAGAAUGGCCUGCGGGUCCAGGCACUGGCCGAGCAACUGAAGCAUCGCGAAGAGUGCAUGUGGUUGCAUGCCGCCAAGCGUACGGCAGAGAUCUUUGCUGCCUAUGCGGGUCUGAUGUACUCGGAGCAGAUGCAGUACGAGAAGUGCAUCGAGUGUGUCUACAAGGCGCUCUACGAGGAGCUACUCUCACGAUUCCGAUAUGUGGACACCUGCAACUGCAAUCCACCAGAAAAGUCACAGUCGACUGUAGGGGAUGAGAAAAAGGCAGUGCAUAAAGCAGCAUUGGAUGGGUUACCGAAUAAUACAAUAAAUACAACAAGCACUGCGAUCACCACCGAGCUCUUCUUCAAUAAGCUCUCGAUGGACGUCAGCAAAGCCACCUCAGGCAGCUCUAUGCGCGCCGAGUACUAUGUGGUUGCGCAAGCCGAAUCCGUUCGUUCAUUCGGGGAGAGAAGGCUGAGAGAAGCCCAAAUUUCCAAGACCACAUCCAGUAAGGGUGCAAGUGAGCGGAAGAGGAAGAAGCAGAAGCUUGUGAAAUGCGACUGUCGCCAAAUGGUAUGUGGACUGGAGCGAUUGUCGCCGGUGAUUACGGCCGAAUGCAGUCAGGGUCCCUACAUCUGCCGCUGGUUGCCCUACAACGAGAAGGAGGAGCAGUUCCUGGAGCAUCGUGUACCCUGCCCGCCCAUGGAUGUGCUCUGCCCUCCCUGCGAGCAUGAGGAGCGCUCGUGCGAUGAGGAGUGCACCUGCACCUGCCAACUGUGUCGCUGUCCAUUUGCCUAUGGCGAAGAUGAUGUCGAGGAGGAGCAUGCCGAGAAGCUCUCCAACUCUGGAGUGGAGGAUCGAGACACAGAUUAUUGCUGGCUGGCUCCAUUGCGCGACUUUCCCCGAUCGGAAACAGUGUCUGAAUCCUCUGAGGCAACCGUGGAGCAGGAGGAGGAGGAGGACAUAGUCGACCCCGAUGCGUGUGUUUGCAUGUGUGAAUACAAGCGGCGCAGUCAGCCACAUCUCUUCACCUAUCUGGCCCCAUUCAAGGAUGAAAAGUCCAUACCAGUCGUAGAAGAGCCAGUUGAAACAGUCAAACGCCAAGGACCACCUUGUGGCAUCUCCUGGGCCACCUAUCGCUGCUGGAAUGAGCCCACAAACCCCGCCGACGAGCAGCAACUAGCUCGGCAAUGUAGAGAAUGUCCCUACAUCUCAUUGCUAAGUGCUCCGCAAAAUGUGCCACAGAAUCCACCAAAAGUGGCUGGCAUAACCCUCGAUAUCACGGUGAAGACUCAACACUAUCCCUCACCACAGAGCCAGCGGCAGUCCAAGGUAAAGUCGUCCAAGGCGGGCAGAUCCUCAGUCAUUGUCAAGAGGAACACAAUUGCCGGUCUCGAAAUGGACAUGAAAACCUUGGAAAAUCAAAAACCCAAUCAGCCAGCAGCAAAAAGUACACCUCCAGCAACAGCAGCAGGAGCAAGAGUUUCAACUGCAGCUCCUAAGACUGCUGCCACUCUCCGCCCUGCCCCCGCCGCAGCAUCCGUUCCUGCAGCUGCUGCAACCCGUGCCACUUCGCAAGAUGAUGACAAAUUAACCAAAGAGGAUAUAUUAGAAAUGUUUGGCUUGAAUAAGUAAAUCGAUUAAAAUGAAGUUUUCAAUUUUGUAAGGUAAAAUCUAAUUUAAUAUUUGUAAGUCUCCAUCCGUAAUUUGUGUGUCUGCAAUUAAAUAAAUCGAUUCACUGAA